UUGUUUGGAAACGCAAGGUAGGUUGUGAUUUUCUUGUGCUGCUCAAGAGAAGAGAAUCUAUCAGCCUAGCUCGCUUUUUCCUUCUCAAAUUCUCUCACUUUCUUCGUCUUUUACAUGAAAAUAUAAUUAUAUAUAUAUAUACACUACGAGAUGGGAAGGGCUCCUUGCUGUACCAAAGUUGGGUUGCAUAGAGGUCCCUGGUCUAUUAGAGAGGACACAUUGCUUAAGAAUUAUAUUCAGCUUCAUGGUGAAGGCAAUUGGAGAUCAUUGCCUAAGAAAGCCGGACUACUUAGAUGUGGAAAAAGUUGCAGGCUAAGAUGGAUGAACUAUCUUAGACCAGAUAUCAAGAGAGGGAACAUCACCCCAGAUGAGGAUGAUCUUAUCGUCAGAUUGCAUGCUCUUCUCGGCAACCGGUGGUCUCUGAUUGCCGGAAGGCUUCCCGGUCGAACCGACAAUGAGAUAAAGAAUUACUGGAACACCCAUAUCAGUAAAAGACUUAGAAGCCAAGGAACUGAUCCAGACUCUCACAAAAAGUUACCAGAGCCACCACAAGAGUCCAAGAAGAAGAGAAACAAAAAAGGCAACAAUAAGGAGAAGAACAUGUUAGAGACAGAAAAGGUGAAGGUUCAUAACCCAAAGCCCAUUAGGGUAACUCUGAGUUCUUUCUCAAUGUCAAGAAAAAGCAGAAUAUUUGAUUGGAGUACUAGAGCUAAUCAUGGGACUUCAAGCCAUGAAGGAGAGAGACAACUUGGAACAGAAUUUGUAGAUAUUAUUUCACAGUAUUCCAACCUUAAAGAUGGUGGUAAUGACAAUGAUAAUGAUGAUGUCAGAUUUCUCUUGGGUGAUGAUGAUCAAGAUCAUGGUCUUGUGAUCAACGGCACAGAUCUUGAAUGUCAGUCUCAUGUACAGAAGCUCUAUGAUGAGUAUCUUGAACUGCUCAAGACAGAAGGGGAUCAACUUCAAUCAGACUCCUUUGUUGAGUCUUUAUUGAUCUGAUUGUACGUAGAAUUAAUGGUUUAAGAUUUGGGUUCCAAUGUUGUGUUUGAAAUUUAGACUUCACGUGUUGAAAUUUAGACUUCACGUGCUCACCCUCCUCGCCAAACGAAGUCUCCAGACUCUCCACAAAUUUCUUUGAAAAAUGAGAAAUUACCAAAUUUAUCA